GAGACGAGAGGCUGGAGCCAGCGAAGCGCUCGCCGGCCACUGCUGGGGCAUGAGCCAGAGGUUCACCGUCACGGCCCUGCCCCGGGAGGAGGGGGCCCCAUGCCAAGAGGCAGCUGCCGCUCUCCAUGGAGAUGCCGCCCCCCUGCAAGGGGCCCAGCCUGGCAGCCUCUCCCGAGAAGACAGCAAAGGCGAUGGCAACCCCAAGGAGAGCAGCCCCUUCAUCAACAGCACUGACCUGGAGAAGGGCAAGGAGUACGACGGGAAGAACAUGGCCCUCUUCGAGGAAGAGAUGGACACCAGCCCCAUGGUCUCGUCCCUGCUGAGCGGCCUGGUGAACUACACCAACCUGCCGCAGGGCAGCCGGGAGCAUGAGGAGGCGGAGAACAACGAUGGAGCCAAAAAGAAACCUGUGCAGGCUCCGCGGAUGGGCACUUUCAUGGGCGUUUACCUGCCCUGCCUGCAAAACAUCUUUGGGGUGAUCCUCUUCCUGCGCCUCACCUGGGUGGUGGGAAUUGCUGGCAUCAUGGAGUCGUUCUGCAUGGUCAUUCUUUGCUGCUCCUGCACGAUGCUGACGGCCAUUUCCAUGAGUGCCAUCGCUACGAACGGCGUCGUGCCAGCGGGUGGCUCCUACUACAUGAUCUCGCGCUCUCUGGGGCCCGAGUUCGGAGGGGCUGUGGGGCUGUGCUUCUACCUGGGCACCACCUUCGCGGGAGCCAUGUACAUCCUGGGCACCAUCGAGAUCCUUCUGGCCUAUAUCUUCCCCGCCAUGGCCAUUUUCGAGGGAGAGGAUGCCAGCGAGGAGGCCGCGGCCAUGCUCAACAACAUGCGUGUCUACGGCACCUGCGUGCUCACCUGCAUGGCCACGGUGGUGUUCGUCGGGGUCAAGUAUGUCAACAAGUUUGCCUUGGUUUUCCUGGGCUGCGUCAUCCUCUCCAUCCUGGCCAUCUACGCUGGGGUCAUCAAGUCUGCCAUCGACCCCCCCAGCUUCCCGAUCUGUUUGCUGGGUAACAGGACGCUGUCACGCCACGGCUUCGACAUCUGUGCCAAGCUGGUGCUGGAAGGGAACGAGACAGUGGGCUCCAAGCUGUGGGAGCUGUUCUGCACCUCCAAAUUCCUCAACGCCACCUGUGACGAGUACUUCCUGAGGAACAACGUGACCGAGAUCCAGGGCAUCCCGGGCGCUGCCAGUGCGCUCAUCAAAGAGAAUCUCUGGAGCACGUAUCUGACCAAGGGGGUGAUUGUGGAGAAGCAGGGGGUGCCCUCGGUGGCUCUCGUGGACCCCGUUAUCGACCUGGACCAGCCCUACGUCUUCAGCGACAUGACCUCAUACUUCACCCUGCUGGUGGGCAUCUACUUCCCGUCUGUCACAGGUAUAAUGGCCGGCUCCAACCGAUCAGGAGACCUGCGGGAUGCUCAGAAAUCCAUCCCCACAGGGACCAUCCUGGCCAUCGCCACAACGUCUGCUGUCUAUAUCAGCUCCGUGAUUCUCUUCGGCGCCUGUAUCGAGGGGGUCGUCCUCCGUGACAAGUUUGGCGAGGCUGUCAAUGGGAACCUGGUGGUUGGCACCCUCGCCUGGCCAUCUCCAUGGGUGAUUGUUAUCGGAUCCUUCUUCUCCACAUGUGGGGCAGGUCUGCAGAGCCUCACAGGAGCCCCCCGCCUCCUCCAGGCCAUCUCCCGGGACGGGAUCGUCCCCUUCCUGAGGGUCUUCGGCCACGGCAAAGCCAACGGGGAGCCCACCUGGGCGCUGCUCCUCACCGCCUGCAUCUGCGAGAUUGGGAUCCUCAUCGCCUCCCUGGACGAGGUCGCCCCCAUCCUCUCCAUGUUUUUCCUGAUGUGCUACAUGUUUGUCAACUUGGCGUGCGCGGUGCAGACGCUGCUGAGGACACCCAACUGGCGGCCCCGGUUCCGAUAUUACCACUGGACACUCUCCUUCCUGGGCAUGAGCCUCUGCCUGGCCCUGAUGUUCAUCUGCUCCUGGUACUACGCUCUCGUGGCCAUGCUAAUCGCCGGCCUCAUCUACAAGUACAUCGAAUACAGGGGAGCGGAGAAGGAGUGGGGCGAUGGCAUCCGAGGACUGUCGCUCAGUGCGGCACGCUACGCUUUGCUUCGGCUGGAGGAGGGACCCCCGCACACCAAGAACUGGAGGCCUCAGCUGCUGGUCCUGGUCCGAGUGGAUCAGGAGCAGAACGUGGUGCACCCGCAGCUCCUGUCUCUCACCUCACAGCUCAAGGCCGGCAAGGGGCUGACGAUCGUGGGCUCUGUGCUGGAAGGGACCUUCCUGGAUAAUCACCUGCAGGCCCAGCGGGCGGAGGAGUCCCUGCGCCGCCUGAUGGAAGCGGAGAAGGUGAAAGGCUUUUGCCAGGUCGUGAUCUCGUCCAACCUGCGGGAUGGCGUGUCCCACCUCAUCCAGUCCAGCGGGCUCGGUGGCCUGCAGCACAACACUGUGCUGGUGGGGUGGCCACGCAACUGGCGGCAGAAGGAAGAUCACCAGACCUGGAGGAACUUCAUUGAGCUGGUGCGGGAGACCACGGCCGGCCACCUGGCCCUGCUGGUCACCAAGAAUGUUGCCAUGUUCCCGGGCAACCAAGAGCGGUUCUCCGAGGGCCACAUUGACGUCUGGUGGAUCGUCCACGACGGGGGGAUGCUGAUGCUGCUGCCCUUCCUGCUGCGGCACCAUAAGAUCCAGAGCAUCACGGACGAGUCCCGCGGCUCCAUCCGGCGCAAGAACCCUGCCAACCCCCGGCUGCGGCUGAGCGUCCCGGAGGAGCAGGUGGGCGACAGCGAGGAGAAGCCGGAGGAGGAGGUGCAGCUCAUCCACGAUAAGAACGCCACGGCCUUCGCCAGCAGCCCCCAGUCACCCGGUGACGAGGUGGAGACGGCCCCUGAGAAGGUGCAUCUCACCUGGACCAAGGAAAAGUCUGUUGCGGAGAAGAACAAGAGCAAAAGCCCCGUCAGCCCCGAAAGCAUCAAGGACUUCUUCAACAUGAAGCCGGAGUGGGAGAACCUGAACCAGUCCAACGUGCGGCGGAUGCACACAGCCGUCAAGCUUAACGAGGUCAUCGUCAAGAAGUCACAGAACGCCAAGCUGGUCUUGCUGAACAUGCCAGGUCCACCCCGCAACCGGAAGGGGGAUGAGAACUACAUGGAGUUCCUGGAGGUGCUGACGGAGCACCUGGACCGGGUCAUGCUGGUGCGCGGCGGGGGCCGGGAAGUCAUCACCAUCUACUCCUGAAAUGCCAACUGCUGAGCUGAAGAAGUUUUUUUGCACCCUGAGAGACCCCCCACCGACCUCUUUGCACCUGGCUCCGGGGGGGGCAGGAAGGUGGUUCUGCUUGUGCUUGGUGCUCAGAAACUUCACCAUGCCCCCCACUCGCUCCAUUCGAACUGCAGCCCCUGAUACUCCAGGAGCAACCAGCACCAGCGCCGCUGUUCCUCAUCGCGCCAGCACAGCCCUGCGGUGGGUGUUUAUAUAUAAAUAGAGACAGUAGCUCUGAGCCUGAGCCCCAGGGCCUGGAGCGUUACCACCACCGCUGGCCUCCGUGUGGGGCAGGAAGGGGGGCUGGCCAGGCUCUCAGUCAGUGCUUCCGCGGAGCCCCCGGAUGGCUGGCGUGGGUGCCUUGGGCCCUUGGGACUAGGCUCCCUCCCCCUCGCUCUGCUAUAGUUGGACACGUUGAGGUUUGUGGGACACGUUUGCUGCCCUGCCCCGCCUGCUGACGUGUCCUUUGGAGCCCGUUCGCCUGGGCAAGGCCACCCACAUGCUCGCCUCGCCCCACCGCUCCCAGGUGCCUGCAGUGCCAGCCACAGGCCUCUUGCCAAGGUGGGCUCAGCAAAGCGCAGCCCUCCUGCUGCCCGUCCCUGGAAACCACAGCCACACUCCGCGGCCCCCCCGGUGCUGGCUGGGACAGGUGAGUGCUGCAGGGCUGGGCAGGGAGGAGGCAGGUCCUGCAGCGCGUCGGAGCGAAGGACAGCGCCACGCUGCCAUUGUCGUGAGGUGCCCUAGAUCCACCGGCUGGGUGAGAGGGGCCUGACCUGGCCAGGGGCUGCAUCCCAGUGGGGGGCAGGGAGGGUGUCAGUGGGGACAUGGACAAAGUUUGUCUCCUCCCCCCGCUCAGCACAGGCCCUCGUGGCUGCACCACCCUGACUCACCUGCUCCAGGGUGUGGUGCCUGAGCUGGGCUGGGGCAGCGCGCUCACUGCAUGCUGUUCGCAUGCGCUGCACAGCCCUGGGAACGCAGGGGCGCACGUCUGGCUAGUGCCAUGCACAGCCAUGCUGCACAGCAGCUCCAGACGGGAGGCCUGUGUCCCUCCCCCCACACCAUGCAUGGGACCGGGCAUGAGCCCAGCGCCCACGGCAUGGGCAUGAACAGCCUCCCUGUGACCCUCCUGCAGCCUUGUGCUCCCUGCGUCCUCUCCCCCAUGGCAACCUCCUCCAAGCCAUGUUGCUGCUUCAGGGGCUGCUGGGUAAAGACCAUAGGUAUUCAAAGUUUAUAAAUAUGCAAAUCAGCUCAAUCUCACCCCCCCACCCUGGCCCACCCCGUACCAGCAGCAGGUCACUGACAGUCCCCGUCUGAGAUGCAGCCUCCCCAGGUCACAUGGGCCCAUGAGCAGCUCUGCACCUGCACACAUGGCUGUGGGCUUGUUUAGACAUGUCAAACCUUGGUCCCAGUCCCUCCUCCCCCCUCAGCAUCUCUCACUUUACUGAGAAACUGAGGCGCUUUUAACCAAUGUGAAUAGUUCUAGGAACCACAGUGGACGUGGAGGCCGGGAGGGCAGAGGGUUCGCCCAGCCCGGGCGCCUGCCCUGCUGUAUAUAAUGUACAUAAUACUGUAUGUGUAUUUUUAAAGUGAUCAUAUUUAUGUUCCUAGCCCCAGAUGAAGUCUAUAUCUAGAGAUCUAUAUCUAUGCUGAGAGAUGCAAGGAGUCACUAGCGCCAGUGAAUUCUGGCUCCAGCUUUUAGGCUCAGUCUGGGGCCCAGGCCCGUGAGCUCCAAGAGGUUUUGCUGAGGCUGCUCCCCCUGGAGAGGGCGGCUUUUCCUCGUCAUUCACGUGCGGGGGUGAAGGCUGCAGCAUCUCUGGCCUAUAGCGCGUCCCAUGGGGAGGGCCAGCUCACGGGGUCAUUCUCUUUGAAUUUUGCUGCUUAGUCUUUUCAGGGAAAAGAAGUUACAGAAUUUUCUGAACUUGUUUCACAGCAGAUUUGAGCUUCCAAUCUGAGUGCAGCCUGCUCCGGCAGGCCUUCUCCGUGCUGCGCCGGCCUCUCCCCCAGCUGAGAGGGAGCAGCUUCACUGCUCAGACGUGUGGCCCAGAGCUGAGCCCCAGACCCACCUCUUAGCCUCCAUUGCAGCACUGGGAAUGGGCCCGUGCUCAUUGCCAUGGGAGCAGCCCUGUGCCUUCUGCAGGCGGGAGAUGGUUCAGAGGCCCAUGGCUUGAUGCCAGUAAAGGGCUAACGUCUUGUACAAUGACUCCCCUUGGAGAAGGCAGCUGGGCCCCUUCUCACAGACAGUGCUGGCUCCCCGUAGGCCCCCUUCCUUUCCUAUCCUGCUGCCCUUGCUCAAUGCUCUCUAGGGAAGAGCAUCCCGUGCCCAGCGCUCCCUGGCAAUAGGCUCCACGCCUCUGGGUGUGAAUGGCCCUGGCCGCUGCUCCCACAGAGGUGUCAGCCCUCAACUUCCUUCCCACUGAAACUGCGAGAGGGAACAAGGUCUUCUGUGGGCACCUGCCCUAAAUCCUCCUCCAGUGGGCCCUUGGCAUCACACCCCAGCACUGGCCCCAUGGGGAAUGAGGGGAGGGCACUGGAGCAGGAAGUGAUUUGGGCUGAAGCUCCCUGCUCACACUCCAGCAUCUGCUCGCCUAGGCCAGGUUUGGUGAUGGCCCCAGCCCUCACAUCUGUAUUUGUUGCUAUGCCCCUUAAGCCCUGGCUCCCUCAAAGUGCCACCGCCCCCCUCCCCCCCCAGCAGCAGUUCAGGCUCAUCCCCAGGGGCGGCCACACUGCUUGGGAAAGGCAGCAUUAUUCUGUGCAGCAGCCCCAGCUUCAAACCCUGGCAGAGGAUGUGUGCCCGCUGCUGCGCCCACGCGCUCUUAAUGGGGAAUCGAUGCCCAGGGGAAGCCGAACUAUUCCCAGAGCACGAGCACUGGGCCCAGCUCCUGGCUGGAAGUGGGUGAUGCAGGAGCCCAGCCCAACCCUGGACAAUUACCGACCAGCAGCUCUGCUGAGUGAACAGGCAGGUGUCUGCUUGGAGGAGGGUUUCCUUAAGCUUGGGUCAGGGGGUCAUGGCUGCUUCUCACAGCAAGAGCUUGGGCUAGUUAGGGGCUGCUGUGAGAAAACCCCAUAAGCCAGGCCCCUUCCCAUGGCUUGGUUCUCAAAGCAUUCCGUAGCAGCAAGGUUCCCAAGAGCAGACUGAGCCCAGGGCUAGAAGUCAUAGAUGUUACUUGCAAAACUCUCCUUUGGCUUUUGCUGCUGCCUGCAGGCCCCCAAGCUGCCCCCCGGCCUGCCUUCCUCUCCUUUCUGUCCCCAGUGCUGUCCCCCUCCCUCAGCGCAGAUGCCCUUCAGUCCUGGCUCUUUCCCUUCAAUCAGGACUGAACAGUUCUUGUCUCAUGAUUCCUCUAGCACUAACCACCGGCAGCACUGAGCUCACCCGUGGGCAUGUCACACCCUGCCCCCUUCCCUGCAUUGCCUUGUGGCAUUGGAAACCCUAGUGCAGACAGGCUGCCAGCCCCCUUUUAAACAAAGCACCCAUUAGACCCGCUCAGAGCAGGGCUACAUCCACUGCUCAAAACAGCAAUGGCAGCCAGGGCCCUCUCCCUCCCCCCCGGAAAGCCAUCGCUCCACCAGUGCUGGGGGGUAGCACCCAAUCCCCUUGGCAAGUGACCACAUUGAGACAGUGAAAGGCAAAGGAGCCCCCAUCCCUGGCCCUGGCUCAGCAAGACCCGUGCUACAGCUCUGAACACACAUGUGCAUUGUUGCCUCUCAAAAGCACUGCCUGGCCAAACUCCUCGGGGGCAAGCAGAGGGUGCUGGUUUCCUCAGCAAGUCCCCCAUGCCCGGGGCUGGAGAGCCAGUUUUAGCAGACAGCACUGCAUGUUAGUUUACAAACCCAGCUCUGCCCCUGCACGUUUGGCCUCUGUGAGUGUGCAGCUCCCUCUGGAGCACCCUUCCACUGUUCCGUCUUGGUAAAGAUAGUGUCCUGUGGUAGAAACCGGAGUCUCUUUCUGGCACAUGUGGAGACAGUUCAGGGUUUUCAGAGAGGGCAGGAAGGUCUUGAGCCAUGGGGCUUGUUUUACAGCAAGCCCUUGUAUGCAGCUGCAAGGAUGAGCACAGCCCCUCCCCCUCCAGCAGAGCAGGCGCUCUGGGUGCAAGGCUCGGCCCCCUGCUCAGGGAACCACUCUAAUUACUCUAGCCAGAGCAGAGGAAAGCUCUUUAGUUCCUCACAAGUUAAAACGGGGGCAACCUCCACUCCCCAGCCCGCUACCUGGCCUCCCAGUGCAAGCUGGGGGGUUAGGCCCAGUCCAAGCAUUCCCUGGUCCAGGUUACAAACCCUCUGAGAACAUGUUUACAGAUGUAGGCAGAGGCUGCACUGGGCAAUGGUGUUCAUCCUUCCUGCGGUUCAGGUGACUAUAGAUACUGCUUAGGGUACAAUAGUUGCACUAGAAGAGUCAAGACUCCACUGCAUAGCAGGAUUGACCUGUAGUGGAAGGAUCCAGAGGUUUGAGGUUUUGUUGGUUGCAAAACACUUUUCUGUGCUACAUGUGCAAUAUAUUUGUUAUGAAUGUUACCACAACAAAGUCAAUUCAUUAAAUAAACUUUAUAGUCACUGUACCUAGAUGUUUUACAUCCAUUCCAAUGACUUUUAUUCCAAGUGCAAUAUUUCAAUAGACAUGUAGUGACCUAGUAUGCUUUGUGUUUUAAAGAAUCUGUGUGCAGAGCAAUGCAAAGAAGUUUAAACUCUGUAAAUAAAAUAGGUUGCAAACCAAAAGAAAAGAGUAAUAGGCUUGCAUUUAAUUUCUGUGCGAGUGUUUCAGUAUUCUGUAUUGGGCCGCCUCAAUAUCGCCCCCCUGUGUUCUCUGUGGAUAUUAACAGAGGAGUGGCUCCUCACUUGUUGAAUGCUCCCGUUAAUGCUUUACAGCUUUUAUUGUAUUAAUUUUUUAGACUCCUGUCUGCACAAAAUGCAAUAAAAUGAUUUUAUUACACCCUUCA